CUGCUUCCCCUGUCUCCAUCUCCUCCUCCUCCUCUUUUCCUCGCUACCAACUCGCCCUCCUAUCAUCGGGGUUAACGCUUGGCAAUCAAACUCCUCUAUCCGCCCCUCACCAACACCACCGCCUCCUCUCUACCUCGCCCCUGUCUACCACGCCAAGCGACCUCAUUGGAUAGAGACAUCCUCAUCCUCGAUCCUCCCCACUCUCCCUCAUCACCUCACAACCGCAUCUCGUCAUGGCUAGCUGUUCAUACUCGCGCGCGUCGUCAUCACGGCGGCGCAGCAAGUCAAAGCGCCCCUCGAAGCUGGCCCUCUUCUGCGCAUCCCUCGCAGCACUCGCCGGCGCAGCAGAGUCGCAAUUCACAGCCACCGUCUCCAAGGAUGCCGCCAGCGUCUCGACGCUUUCCAACGUCCUCUCACCGUCGUUCAUCGGCAUGGGGUUCGAGCCGUCAAAUCUCGCAGCAUUCGUCGGGGCUAGGCAGACCAAUCAGCUCACCAUGCAGCUCCUCAACAAUUUGGCCAACUAUACAGGUCAGCCCCCUCAUUUGCGAGUCGGGGGCAAUACGGGCGACACGGCUGUGUACGACCCGAAUCACAAGUCGCCCUACUUUGAUCCGAAUCCUGGCAUGACGGGAGUCACAGACGCCCUCAUCUUCGGGCCUGCCUACUUUCAGCAGAUUAACUCGUUCCCCAAGGGUACGCCCAUCACAUUCUCUGUCCCCAUGGCAUACAAUGGCUCAGACGCCGUGCAGCAAUCCGUCGAGAUCGCCCAAGCCGCCAUGGACGCCUUUACCAACGUCAAGCUGUACAACCUCGAAGUAGGCAAUGAGCCCGACCUCUACAUCACCAACAACUUCCGGCCUUCUUCGUGGACCGCCUACGAUGCUGGCAACGAGUGGAUCGCCCACGUCAAGGCCAUCUGGGAGAAUGUCCUCAAGCCAAAGGGCAUCUCUCAGGCCUUCUUCGAGGCUGCCUGCACGGCCACGACUGCAGCCAACCCUAGCUACCGAAUUGACAACCUCGUCAAGACGGGCGUAGCGACAGACAAUGGCGUGUGGCUGAGCGGGUGGAACCAGCACGACUACUACUACUACGUCAACGUCUCGAGCUACCAGCUCACCUUGGAGCGCCUCAUGGACAUCCAGUCGACGGCUGGUCAGUUCAAGGAGUGGAGGCAGCAGAUUGCUCAGGCCAGAGUCACGGGCAAACCCUACUACCUGCGAGAGAUGGGCGCGGUGGGGCCUGCGGGUAUCAAGGGCAUCACCGACACCUUUGGCGGUGCUCUUUGGACGCUAAACUUUUUCCUCUAUGCUGCGUCCAUCGGCGUCGACUCGAUUCAGCUGCACGCGCUGCAGGACUCGUACACAUCGCCGUGGCAGCCAAUCCCGGACGCAGACGGCAAUGGUCCCUUCAUCCGACCAUCGUACUACGCCUUUGCUGCGAUGGCACAGAUCAAUGGCGCAGGAUGCCAGACGCAGGUCGGCUCCAUCGAUCUGAGCAACGCUCCUUCGGGCUACGAUCGCAACGUCGCAGCAUACGGCGUCUACAAUGCGGGGAACAUCCAGUCCAUUGUCAUUAUGAACAACAAACCGGCAUACUCCGGCAGCGGUAUCCCCACGCAGCAGGUCACCUUGACCAUGCCCGACCUCGCUGGCAAGACCUUCUACCUCUCCACGCUCACGGCGGCCGGGGCGGAGGUGACUUCGAACGUCACCUGGAACGGCAUCAGCUACGAACAAUCUGGGAGCGGCCAGCCAUCGGUAGUCAGCCGCGCAAAGCAGUCCAUUCAAGUUGGAGCAGACGGCACCUUGACGAUCCCCGUCCGCGACACUUCAGCCGUCGUAGCCAACCUCGACGAAGUGCUGGGCACGACGAACAACGUCGUUGACACAAAGGCGUGCACCAAGCAGGCCAACACGGUCCCUUCCAAGUCGAAGCCCAGCGGCUUCAAGUCCACGUCUGGCUUCGCUAAAUUCAUGGCCCUCCCCAAGGCGGCCAUCAUCGGCAUCGCAGCUGGGGGGGGAGUCUUCAUCCUCGCCCUACUCGGCCUCAGCAUCUUCUGCUGCGUGCGCUGCUGCAAACGAAGACGCCAGCGCAAGUCUCUGUCAGAGAAGAUGGACAACGCCUAUGGAAGUGGGUUGGUGCGCCGUCCAGCCGGCGGUUCCAUCUCCGCAGGUCCAAAGACGACGCUGGGUGGAUACUACAAGUCUGUCGGGCCUGACGGAAGCGAGACGCCCGACGAUGUCAGCCUGCUGCCCAUGCGUGGCAAGGACAAGGGCUUCGGUGACUCAUCGACUGCGCUGAACAGUGGGGCUAAUACGCCUUAUGGUGCGCGUCCCUACUACAACAACAGCAAUGCCAGCUUGGCAGGCACGCCGCUCCUCAACGCGCAGUCGCCUCGCUGGCCGGACUCGCCCUCGAUGGGCUCCUUCAACCAGCAUCUGGCCGCGAGCCCUGGAGACUACGCGUAUAGCCCCUCGCCCCAGCAAUGGGGCGGAGCAGCAGCAGCGACGGCAGGGAUGACAGCAAUGAUGCCGCACGGUAGCUCUCGUCUGAGCAACGAUGCCUCGCGUCAGCCGCGCUCGCGUACGACAAGCAACAAUGCGCAGGGGCAGGCGCACGCGACUGCGCAGUACUCGAUGCCGCCAAAUGGUCAAGGGCGGGCACGUCGAAACAGCUGGCAAGACGGGGGCAGGCCGCACGGCGGAUCGUCGUCAAGGAGUAAUUCGCGCGACCCGCCUCGUGCGCCCAAGGCUGCUUCUAGCCAAGGACACGGCUACCGUACACCAUCGCAGGACACGAGGAACGCGCCGCCCGUGCCCGUCGUACCGCAGAACUACCGUAAUAGCGCGGGAAGCUCGACGUCCGGGCACCAAGAGCAGCAGCAGCCGAGAUCACCGCAGCGUCUUCCGCCUCAACAGCAGCAGCAACAGCAGCAACAGCAUUACCAGCAUUACCGCGAGCAGCAGCAGCAAUAUCAGAGGUCACCGCAGCGCCAACCGCAGCCGCACCAGCAAGGCCGCGCAGUAGCCCCUGAGCAGCAGUCGAGUCGCUCUGAUGCUGACUUAGAUCGGCAAGUGACGGCCGCUACGAGCUCGCAGCACCAUCGUCAGCAGCCCACCGCUUCGGCUUCUGCCACGUCGACGCGCGAGCUGCAGAGACAGGCGGCAGCGCAGCGUCAACCAGCGGCGCGCGAGUCGAAUCAGUACUCGAUGCCCAGCUCGCUCGCUUACCUGAAUGAGGGUGCGCAAAGCACCGUCGGCGGCGGUGGCGGCGGCGCGUACCACGGCGGGCACCGGCAGCAGCAGCAGCAGCAGCAGCAGUACCAGCAGCAGUACCAGCAACAAUACCAACAGCAGCAGCAGCAAUACGACCCGCUCGGCUUCCAGUACGAGUACAGCGACAACCGUUUCGAUGGCGGCAACUACAGCAGGCAAUAUCGCUAGAAGAUAACUGAGGACAAAGCAGGCCGGUCCCGCACCUACUCUACACAUUUUGCCAAAUACGCAAGAACACUCACUCAGUCUCAAUCCUGUGCCCUCUCCUAACUCGCCCUCUCGGACAGUAUCUCCACCCUCGAGCAGCAGCCCCAUAUCAUCUCCGUCACUAUCCAAUCGCCGGCUCUCGUCUCGUCUCUACUGUAGUAAACUCUCUUCUCUUUCUCCUCCCUUGCUCUAGGACACCGCCACCACUUGUUCUCAUCUCGU